AUGGGGGUCUUCCUCCGCUGGCCCCCCCUGAUCCUGGGGGCGGCUGCCCACCUGCUGCUGCUCCUGGACUGCGCAGGUAAGGACUCUGCUCUGGGGCGGGGGGAGAAAAUAAUUUCCACUAAGCCCCUUUUUUGGGGGGGGGGACACGACUCUUUGUGAAUUGCAUUUCGUGGGCACUGAAAGGGCGAUCGGGGAGUUUCUUGUCCGAAGUGGAGCCGGAUCCCUUCCCAGACAUCUGUUUCCCAGACUUGGGGCUUGUUUUGUAUGCCGCCCGGGGCAGGGGCCGCUUCACUCCUUGGCUCGGGGCUCAAGCAAAGAACAAAACAAAGCUGGAAGGUGUUGGCAGGAUUAAUGGGGGGCAAAGUGACUCGCCUGUCUCGCCCCCCGCAGCUUCGUGUUGACUCUGGUUUGUUUGUGUGUGAGUGAGUGUGUGCGUGUCAGACAGAGAGACAGACAGACAGACAGAGUACAGGUCUUCCCUCUUCUAUUUUUUACUUUCCCUCUUCUAACCCUCAGCCGCUCUGAAAACUCAGCUAAAAACUCUGGAGACCAGCCUGGAGGUGGGAGCUGGACGCGUGUAGCAGUCUUUAUGGGGGGGGAUGGGGACGUCUGAAUAAGGGGUCCCCACCCGCAAUUCCCAAUGUUGUUUUGUUCAGGAAUUCCCUUUCACAGGCACAUUCAUAAUCUGGUUCUCCUGUUUUACAAUUGUAACUCCCCCACCCCCCAAAAAACCCCUUCCUGUUGCCUGUCAAAAAUGUAGAUUUUGUAAAUUAUGCAGGGGGCUCCUCUGUGCUAUUUUUGUACAGCCCCUUUCACUACGUUUUGUACACUUCGUAUCUGAAGAAGUGUGCAUGCACACGAAAGCUUAUACCCAGAACAAACUUAGUUGGUCUCUAAGGCGCUACUGGACAUUUUUUUUUAUUUUUUUAUUUCGACUGCGUCAGACCAACAUGGCUACCUACUUGAAUCUUGAUUGUAAAUGGCUUUUGUGGUUCUCUAAUGGAUAAUGGUAUGAAUAUAAUACUAUCUUUAGUUUAAAUGUUGCUUUUGCAUAAAAAUUCUCAAAGUAAUUUAAAAGCUUUAAGAACUAAAGAGUAAGACCUGCUAUUUCUCUCUUGAACUGUCUCCAUAUGGGGGGCUGCUCCCUCACUGUGUCUGCUACAGGGCUGGGCAAAGGGUGGCGGAGACCACUGGUUUCUUCAGAUUCCUCCUCACUUUGGGGUCUCACGUGUGACUCAUUUUGUGGCUCUUUGUCUCCCGACCACUGAGCAGAACUGCCUGUGUUGUUUAGCCAGAUGCCACAACCAGAGGCAGCCUUGCUCUGAGCUCUUGUGGUUUGAAGUGGGGGAAGCCCCUGUUCUGGGAGGGGAGGGUCUUAGAAGUGGGUCCCAUUUGAUCUUGCUUGAAAGGAAACCGAGCCAGAGGGAGUUAGCAGAGUCGACACACCAUCACGGUGUAUGUGAUUCAAGCAAACACAUCUUGCAGGUUUUCGCUUCCUUGAACUUUGUUUUCCACAGUGGAUCUCCCUCAGAAGGUGGUAGAUUCUACUUCCUUGGAGAUUUGUUAGCAGAGGUUGUAUCUGCCAUGGAUGCUACAGUCGAGAUGCCAGCAUCGCAGGGGGGUUGGACCCUCAGAGUCCUGUCUGUGGUUUUUAUUUUAGUUUCCUAGUUGUUUUGAGAUGAGUCACUGGGCAAACUCAAGCUGGGCUUCUUCUUCCUUGAGGGUGAAGUUGUCCAAAGUGCAUUCAACACAGUUUUCACAGGGUCCUCAAGGACCACCUCUUUCUAUAUGGACCCUGAGAUCAUCUUCUGAGGCCCUCCUUCCUGUGCCGCCUCCUCUAGAGGUCCGGAGGGUGGCAGCAAUGCGAGAACAGGGCCUUCUCUGCAGUGGCUCCCUGUCUGUGGAAGGCUCUCCCCGGGAAGUUCGCUUGGCACCUUCAUUAUUCACCUUUUGACUAAGUCAGGCAAAAACAAUCCCUUUUUACCAGGCCUUUGGUUGAUUUGAUUGACAUCCUUUUAAAAGUGUGAGGGGUUUUUUUUGGGGGGGGGUGGUAAUUGGCUUUUUUAAUGAUUGAAUAUUUUGUGGUUAUAUAUUUUGAUUUUGUUCUGUGAACCACCCUGAGACCUCCGGGUAUAGGGCAGUAUAUAAAUUAAAUAAAUAAUAAUUAUUAUAUGUCCCAUUUCUGCUACCUGAGGCAAAAUAAGAAUAGCCUCCUCUUCCCCUUUUAGCACUGUGCCCUCUACCUUUCCCCACAGAAAUGCCCCAUCUCUCGCUGAACUCGACUCAGCUUUUCCCUCUGAGGGGGUGUCCUGGUGGGGGCAGGAGCCCCAGGUAUGAUGCUGAAAGCCUGUGAUCAGCUCCCUCCCUCCCCAAGUCUUUGUGAGCUGUUUCUGUGGGUCUUGGAUAAUCUCUAGGCAGAGAAUGGGACAGGUGUUGGAAAGGAGGGGCUCAUCCUUACGCCCAAAUUUGUGAGGCCUUUCUUGGUACUGACAGAGCCAUCUUUUAAAAUUGAGUUUAUAUCCCCACCUUCCUCCCAAAGGAGCCCAGGGUGGGAAUUAAGGGGCUGCAGCUGUCUUGGGGGGCCCUCUCUGUGGGGCUCAUCCUGUACCCUGUACAGCGGUGGCCCCAGAGAAGUACCAUGGAGCCUUGGCUCUUUCCCAAUGCACAAAGGAGGCACACAGCCCCCUUAGUACACAUUCACUGUGACUUGGGAAGAGGGUUAAGGAGUGUGGGGAGUGAGCAGAAACAGCAAAAUCUGCUGAUGGACGUCAACAAAAGUUAAUUGCUUCUGAUGGGGAUCUGCUGUGGAGACUCGUUAGGCCCCCUGGUGGCCAGAGCUCUGUCCCCCUUCCUGUGUUCGACCUCGUGAAGGGGCAAGUGGGGGGAAAGGGGAUGUGGGUCCACAUGUUGAGACCUGACCCCAAAGUUGAACAACACAAACAGAAAAACAGACAAUACAAACAAAUUCUUGCCUUACCCUUAUUUUUUCUAAACAUUGUUAGGUGAACUUCCCCAAGUCCCCUGUAUCUGAUUUUCAUUUUACCUCAUCUUUAGCAGUUUACAUAUAUCAUAAUUUUUAACCAUUUUCUAAAUCACACUUAGUUUUACCAUAAAAAUCUUGACAUUUUAUCCCUUACAAGUAAUACUAUUUUAAAAGACACUAUGUUCUACUUCUAGAAAUAUCCAUUUCCAAAACUAUUCUAAGAUUUAAAUAUUAGCAUAUUUUUUCAAAUAUUCUUUAAACUUCUUCCAAUCGUCUUCCACCAUCUCAUCUCUCUGGUCUGGGAGUCUCCCAGUCAGUUCGGCAAGUUCCAUAUAGUCCAUGGAUCUCCUGAUUCAGGGCUGCUGCCUGUGAUACAGUUAGGGGUCCUGCCUUCAUCUGCAGGACCCCUAACUCUCUGCCCCCUUUUCUCUUCCUUUCCAGGCUCCACUUCUCACUCCCUGCGCUACUUUGAAACAGCCGUGUCUGAGCCUGGCCAGGGGCUGCCCCAGUUCAUUACUGUGGGGUACGUGGAUGACCAGCAAAUUGAUCAGUACGACAGUGACACCAAGGAGGCGCUGCCUCGCGUCUCCUGGAUGAGGAAGGUGGAAAAGGAGGAUCCUCAGUACUGGCACAAGCAGACUCAGGUCGCUCAGGGCUCUGAGCUGCGGUUCAGGGAGAACCUGGAAAUUGCUAGGAAUCGCUACAACCAGAGCGGAGGUGAGUGGAAGGCAGGAGAGGCACAGAGUCACACCUCUCCCCCCCAAUAAUGUUUCCUCCAAGGGCCAGAAUUGCAGGGAGGGGGCUGCUAGGGGGAAAGGAAAUGGAGGGUGGGGGUCUCCACCAGGGCAGAGGCAUCUCCCCUUCCCUUAAUGAAGUUCUUAAUGGGGGCUGGGAUGGUGUGGGGUGGGGAGGACAGAGAACAAGACUUGGAGGGGAGAGACCCCCCCCCCAGUAUGACCCUCUCUGGUCCUGCACAUCCUACCAGGGAAAUGUCUCCAUUGCCUGCCCUUCCUUCCAUGCUAGGCUUGGCUUAGGCCUUCUGAGGUGGAAAUCUGUCUAGUUUGUUUUCCUCUGGGGGGGAGGGGAAGAGAAGGGAGGGGAUCCUGAGGCUGAGACAAGCAAGCCUUGAGUUCUGGUCCUGCUUAAGGAGAAGCCAGCUGCCCAGACAGAGGUGCUGAUUGGCUGACCCUUCUGACCAUCACCAAGCCCCUCCCACUCCCUGGCACAGUGUUGAAAGAGAAGCCUUUUUAAGGAACACAAAUGGACUGGGUUUGGGGGGUCAGAGUGGCAAAUACAUGGUUAAAACCAUAAGCAGGGUGGGCACCUGAAGUGGAGGGGUAGACCAGAGCCCCCAAGGCCCCCACUCCUCCAGUACUUACUUUAUUCUCUAACGGUCUACACUUAGGGAAGAAUAGCAGGACCUUUAGAAAGGUCUUCCACCCCCUUUGUCCAGUUAUGAUGAUUUCUGCCACACUCCUCCCCCUUCCUCAUCCAGCCUUGGAACUGUUACAACAGGAAUCAUUUAAACUUAGUAAAAUCUGGUAGACCUCUGGCCAAAGCCUCUUGGCACACAUUUUUGCUUUUUAAACUUCCUUCUGAAAUGAGUCAAAAGAUGUUCAUCCUUUUGAGACGUUAGUUGUGUGAAAGGAGCCAGCAUGCUGGAAGGGUGGGAGGAGGCAUUUGUGUUUAGCCCCAAAGUUGAGUGACUCCCCCCUCUAAUUUCAAUUUUGGAGCAGAACUUCAGAAGUAGGAGCCUCUGCUGGGUCUGGAGGGAGAUCUCUCUAUGAUUUUGCACCUUUACCUUCCAGGCUUCUCUACUCCCUCACUUCCUAAGCAGGCUCCCUGCUUCAGGACUUUAGCCCUGCCCCUAACAGCACCACAGGUGUCCCAGCACUUCAAACAAUAACUGCAGUGGAGGGGUAGAAAGGUGGGUGAGAUUGACCGGUGGGCUAUGCUGUGAUGUCAGCUUCAGGCUCCUGCCCCUUUUGGCCCAGGGGGACAAUCCUGAUCAGGAUCUGGCCCUGAAGCCAAAGAGAUUCCCCACCUGGGACACAGAAUAAUGGAGGUGGAAGGAGCCUUGCCAAAGGGGUCAGCCUGAGUGUGUCCAGAGCCCUCUGGGGCCUUCGUUGGCCUUGUCAGGCUUGCAAGGAAGAAACCCAGGGGGUCAGCUGAGACCAAGCCAGCGCUGCAAUGGGCAGGUCUGCUUUUCUUGCCGUGGGAUCAGGCCUGGCCUUGCCUUGCAGGCUUCCUCUUGGGCUCCUGGGAAUUCUGCUUCUCCCCAUUUUUAAAAGGGGGAUUGGGUCCCUCCUGAGCCCCUGCACCUAUCCAUGGAAAAUGCCCCAUAAAUGUCACCAAGGGGCGCCUCUCGUUUCCUGAUCAUUUCUUGCAAUUGCUUAGCUCAGAAAAUCCCAAACUAAUGAGGUGGCCACUUUAAAGGUGCCACGGACAGCCCUGGAAAUGUUAUCUGAUUCUAUUUAAAAACAAUGUUGAAGGUAUAGGUGUAUCGGGAUUGAUCCCACUUAACAUCUUGAGGAAACGGGAGGGGAGUGAGCUUCAUUCAUAAAAUGAGGGAGAAAGCAACUUAUGCUGAAGAAGCAAUGAGACAAAGCAACUUCCCUCCAAGCAAAAGCUCCAUAUCCAGACCAGCUGGUGGGGUUUGUGGUUUGGUUUGGUUUAUUUUCGUAGGCCAACCACAAACCAUUGUUUGAGUGCAUAAAAAGAACUAUAUCACCUUGGGACAUGGUAUUGUAGGAGAUACUAAUUAUUAUUAUUAUUAUUAUUAUAUUAUUAUUAUUAUUAUUAUUAUUAUUAUUAUUAUUAUUAUUAAAUAUGUUGAAUAGUUCUAGAGGGAGGACUAUAAAGUAGUAGUUCUGUUACAAUCUGUUACUUGCCAGAGGGAGCAAUCUCCCUUCUCCUCCCCCCCACCCCCGCACACCUUUCUGGGGCUUCUCCUGACCCCCCCACCAAGCUGAUUUGUGGGGAAGGAGAUGGGGAGAAAGCCCCAGUUGUGUGAGUGAGACUUGUUCCUUCUGGCUCCCGCUAGACUAACAAUGUUAGCUGAAUCCAGCCCAGAAAAGCAGGAUUUCCUUCCAGAGAGGCUGCUCUCAUCCAGGGCUUUAUAUGCCCCAACUCAAUUCAGCUGUGAGCCAAAGGCUCCUGAGGUGAAAGAGGAAGCCAGAAUUAAAGAGAGAGCAGCCUGGUGUCCUCUGGGACAGCCUCUCCAUUGCUGAGCUCCCUCAGGCUACCCAGAAACACAAAGAGCUGUUAGGAAAACAUUCUUUAAGAAACAGAUAAGGGUUCCUGGAAGCUUUCAAGAAGGUUCCAGAAUUUUCUUUAGCAUGUAAGAGUGGCACUCUAGGCUUGAUUGGUGUCAGCUGGAGGUGCAAAUAAAGGGAGGAAGUUGCAGGCUGCAAUUUCCGCAAAAGGAAAAGACACACACACACACACACACACACACUCAUACUCACACUCACACUCAGCACGCACCCUGACAACAAGGUUGGAAGUAAGACAAUGUGUGCUACUGAUACUGUGAGUUUUGCUGUGUCAGGAUUGUUAAUUACUGGACUGAGAUUAUAUUGUGCUGGAGAUAUAAGGAGGAAUGUCAGUGGCUUGUAUCUAAUAGUAACAGACAUGCUUGUGCAACCAGUCAAGCAAUAAAGAAGCUCUUGACUGUGAAUUUGAGUCUGACUCCUGUUCUUGUCCUCUGCCUCCGGGGAAAACUCUGCUACAAACAGUCAGAAGUGGUUUGACUGAGAUGCCACCACACAAGCAGUAAAAGUGCAGCGGAAGUGUGGGGGCAGUAACCUCUAAUAAGAGCAGCAGAACUCUGUGCAUGGCCAGGAGCAGCCAUUGCCAUUUCCCAUCCUGUCUUGGGGUGCCGGACGUAGCUUCUCUCCAUGGUUUUGUUGUGGGAAAUCCAAAUGGCUGUCUGCUGACCCUGCUGGCUGGCCUAGAGGAGACAGGGUGGGGUCCUCAGCACCCGUGGGCCCUGCCAGGGGUCUCAUCGAGGCCUGUGUGAUGCCACCUGCCAAGUGGAAACACCAGAUCAAUCCUUCAGAUACUGAAAUUGAAGAGCACAUUCAAAAGCCACGAGCAUUAACGUUGUGGAUCUGUAAAAUGGGACACUGGAGGUGCAGCAUGAAGAGUAGCAGAGAUAAGGAUCAUGCCCUCUUUGAUGAAGGAUUUAUUAGGUGGACAUCAACUAGCUAAUGUAAACCAGCUCUUCUUUUAUUAUCAAUCGACUGAAGGUUUUAUUAAAGUAUUUACAAUAUGUAUUUCCCACAAAACUGUAUCAAGAUAGUAUACAACCUAGAAAGUUAUAAUAAAAAUCAGGGAAAAAAUCCAUAGAAUGUACAUAAGACAUCAAUAAAUACUAUCUAUUUAUUUAUUUAUUUAUUUAUUUAAAUACAUACACUUAUCGACUGUAGCCCCCCCCCCAGUAAAAUUAAGAAAAACUCCCAACCAUACUUGAAAACACAGGAAGUUAAACUACUAAAACAGAUUAGAAUUACCUCCACUUUCUAGGCAUCCGGGUAGGCUUGUCUAAACAGGAUUUUUUUUAGCAGGUACCAAAAAUUCAGUAUUUAUUGAAAGUGAGAGCUAGGGCAGGUGUUUGACAUUUUUAGUACACACAGGGUUGCAUCCAAUACUGUUCUAUUUAGAGUAGACCCAUUGAAAUCAGUGCAUUAAAAACAGAAAUGCCAAAUCACUUCCGUGGGUCUACUCUGAGUAGGGGUUGCAUUAGAUACCACCACCCCAGAUCUUGGAUGAUGCAUCCAGUCCAAGUGCCAUCUCUGAAAAGUGAGCCGCGAGGAAACUGCUCUGUCUGAAUGUCCGGCUCCCCAGGCUGCCUUUGGCUGAGAUCCUGGCAGACAUGCUGUGCCCCCUUCUUUCCCCUGUGCCCCCAGGAGACCCCUUGAGGCCUCACUUCCAAGUUCUCUGGCCUGGGAGCCACAGGACACAGACUCCUGGUCUCUCCUCCUCUCUCCUGCGCUUCUGGAUGCGGCCCUUGCAGGAGCAGAGGGAGGUGGGGCAGGGAAGGGCACUCCGCUCUGGGGGCAAGAGCAGCCAAGCAAGGUCUGUCCUCCAGCUCUGUCCUCUCCCCAGGAAAGCUCCCAGCUCUUCACAGCAUAGACUGCCCUGAUGGUGCUGAGCAUCAAAGGGAAGAGGCAUGGCCUUUUGAAAAGCAACAAGUUGGCUUAACAUCAGCAUUUAAUUAUUUUCACCAGGAGCAAAGAAUUUAGUAUAUAGCCAAAGUGUGUUUAGGCACACAUUUACAAACAUCUGUUUGUUCCAUCAUUUAUAUCUUUAUAUUCCACUCCAUGAGCACAGUUACCUUUCAGUUGUCCUUGAACCUGGGUUCAAAUCCCUCAAAUGCAUCACUUGCUUAAUAUUAUACAGUGGUACCUUGGUUCUCAAACUUAAUUCGUUCUGGAAGUCCUUUCCAAAACCAAAGCGUUCCAAAACCAAGGUGCGCUUUCCAUAGAAAGUAAUGCAAAACGGAUUAAUCCGUUCCAGACUUUUAAAAGCAACCCUUAAAACAGCAAUUUAACACAAAUUUUACUAUCUAACGAGACCAUUGGUCCAUAAAAUGAAAGCAAUAAUCUUUUUUUUUUAAAAAAAUAAUAUUUAUUAAAGUUUCAAAGGAAAAAAAAUCACAUUAAUAAAAAAAAUUAACAAUAAAAAGGAAAAAUACAAAGUAGAAAAAAAAGAAAAAACAGUUAAAAACAAUUCCAUCUUUUCCUCACUUCUUUUACGUUUACUUGUUUCCCGGACCUCCUCAUACCUCCCUCUUUUGUAUUCCAAUUCAAUUUGUUAAUCCAACAAUUCCUUUCCCUCCUUUUUAAUCCUAAUUCUUAGUCUUGAUAUAUUGUAACGUUAGAUUUUUACAUAUUAAAAACCAAUUUUUCCAUAUUCUUUUGUACCUAUACAGCUAGAAACCACUUAACUUCAAUCCAACAUCAUUCUAACAUUCAUUAAUUUUGCAAUAUUUCUGUAAAUAGUCUUUAAAUUUCUUCCAAUCUUCUUCCACCGACUCUUCUCCCUGGUCACGGAUUCUGCCAGUCAUUUCUGCCAAUUCCAUAUAGUCCAUUAAUUUCAUCUGCCAUUCCUCCAGUGUGGGUAAAUCUUGUGUCUUCCAAUGCUUUGCAAUGAGUAUUCUUGCUGCUGUUGUAGCAUACAUAAAGAAAGUUCUGUCCUUUUUUAACACCGAUUGGCCGACUAUGCCCAGGAGAAAGGCCUCUGGUUUCUUCAAGAAGGUAUAUUUAAAUACCUUUUUAGUUCAUUAUAUAUCAUCUCCCAGAAAGCCUUAAUCUUUGGGCACGUCCACCAAAGGUGAAAAAUGUACCUUCAGUUUCUUUACAUUUCCAACAUUUGUUAUCAGGCACAUGAUAGAUUUUUGCAAGCUUGACUGGGGUUAUGUACCACCUGUAUAUCAUUUUCAUAAUAUUUUCUCUUAAGGCAUUACAUGCCGUAAAUUUCAUACCUGUGGUCCAUAACUGUUCCCAGUCAGCAAACAUAAUGUUAUGACCAACGUCCUGUGCCCAUUUAAUCAUAGCCGAUUUCACCGUUGCAUCCUGAGUAUUCCAUUAAAAUGAAAGCAAUAAUCAAUGUACUGUACUAUAAAACAAAUAAGACAGUAUUGUAGAUGAUAAAAAUUAAAAUUAUUACUUUUUUCCUUACCUGCACUGAUGAUAGUCGUUGUUUGGAUGGGGGGCUUUUAUCCAUUUCCGCAGUCACACAGUCAAUAAAUCGUAUCAGUAGCUGAACUGGGUUCCACACAGUAACAAAAACAAAUUAACCGAAAAAGCCACAAAAACGCAAAAUAAAUGCCUCUUUUUGCGAACGCUUCAUGUUGCGUUUUUUUCAGGUUAAGAACACGGCAAACCCGGAAGUAUUUACACAUGCGCAGAAGUGCCACUCUGGUUACGGACAUUUCGGGUGCGAACGGCACCCCGAAACGGAUCGUGUCCGCAACCAGAGGUACCACUGUAGCAAAAACAAAAGCGCCAAAUACAGUUGUACCUUGGUUCUCGAACUGAAUCCAUUCCAGAAGUCCGUUUGACUUCCGAAAUGUUCGAAAACCAAGACGCAGCUUCUGAUUGGUGCAGGUGCCCCGCAAACAAGAGCCGACAGCUGCAUCGGAUGUUCGGCUUCCAAAAAACAUUUAAAAACCGGAACACUUACUUCUGGGCUUUUGGCGUUUGGGAACCAGGCCGUUUGAGAACCAAAGCACCGCUGUAUAUCACAGCCUUUCAUUUAGAAACUGCAAAAAAGAUUUAACACGGGGAAAAAGAUGGUGAUUGCGAUACAGCAGUGGUGAGAAAACCUCCUUAAAAUCUUAAAUUGCUACCCACAUAAGCUAAAUAAGCGAAUUACUUGAUCUGAAGACUGCAGGUUAAUCCAGAGCGAGGAGUUUACAUUCAGCCCAUACUCAGACUUACGGUUGUCCGAAGUGAGGCCUCCCUGCGUUUUCGGUGUUUGAGAACCAAGGCACCAGUGUACAAAAGUACUUGUAUUGCAGGGCAGAGGGGACACAAUAAUGGAAAGUUCUACGGAAGAAGACUCUGCAGUGGCAGGCACAGAUGUCUUCCCUCCACCCCCCAUGCCUGUUAUUUGUGGCACAAAACAAGGAUGCCGGCUGACGCUUGGCUCUCUCCCUGGCACUGUUGGCAUUGGCUUUGUGGCAAAGUAAUAAUAGGGAGGGAUCCUGGAAGAGAGCAAAGAGCUGGGAAUCCAGUUGGAAAUCCAGCCGUGGCACUGCCAAUUUUGAAAUGGGGGGGGGGGGGUUCCCUGAAACUUUGAUGACUCUGUGCUCAUGUGCCUUAAUACCUGUCCCAGGCAGCAAGUUUAUUGUAGCUGCAUUAUUGAGGUGCCAAUAUGCCCCCCCCAGUCUGCUGCAAUCAUGACCCCAGAAUAAGCACAGCUAUGAGUCCCCCCCCCCAUGAAACUUCUUCCCUCUGCCUCCUCAUCCUCCCCACUGCCCUGGUGAACUGGGGGUGGGGGGCGGCCGGGUUCUGCAGUGCUGGAGACGACAGGAAGGAAGGAUAGUGUCCCUAUUCCAUAUUCCAUAGGGAGAUGGGGGCCCCACAGGGAUGCUGGCUGUCAGCCCCCCUUUCUCCUUGGAGCCUUUCAGAAUCCAUCAGGUUGUCUGGACUGCUCACUCCACCUGCUGGGGGGCUGAUAGAGAACGGGGCCCCACAUCUGGCAGUUGCUCUUCUUUAAAACCUGCCUUACCCCAUGGAACUGACUGCCAGGAAAGAGUCUUCAACAAGAGAGUUCAGAAAUGGGCUAGUCACAUUCUUCCCAGCUGGUUUUAGGCGUCUGGUGUGUGGGCAGCCAGGAUCACAAACAGAUUUUAUUUUAUUUUAAUUUCCAAUUGUAACUGCUCAGUCCUCUGCAUGUUUACUUGGAAGUAAGUCCAAGCCCACUCAGUGUGACUUACCUUCAAGUAAAUAUGCAAAGACAAAUAUAUGAAACAUGUAAGGAGAGAAUCAAAAUGAUCUGUCCCAUUUAGGGAUCAUGGGACUUCAAAAUGAUUGUUCUAAUGUUGUUGUUGUUGUUGUUUUGAAGAUUUGGUGUUAGCCCCCUGGGGUGGGCAGGAGGAUGCAGGGACCCCCCAUCUUUGACAAGGGCAGCCUGGCUUCUGCUGAGAAGGGGGGCCAUUCUGAAAUGGGGCAACCCUCCCUUGCGGCUUCUCCUUCCCACCCAGGCUAUGAGGAAACUUCUUUUUCCGAAGGCCCUUCCAUGACUUCCCUCCUUUUAGGGAAAAGGUCCUUGAUAUUGAGAAUCUGGGGGGAGAGAGAUGGAGGGGAAGAGGAGCCCUACUCUCUUGAAAGGGCCCCCAAUGUGUGGGUGUCCCCCUUCCAUGUUGCCCCUUUCUUCUUUCUGGGGGGGGACGGGGGGCAUCUGAGGCGUCCCUCCCAAAGGGGCAAGAUCCAGAGGAGCAGAGCUGGGGGGAAAGAGGGACAGACUGUGACCUCCGACCUGCAAGGGAUGCUCCCCACCCCUCCCCCGCCUCCAGGGAGUUGGGAGAAUCCACUAGGAAUUGGGGGGGGGAGAAAGUGUGAGGCGAGGAGGGCAAUUAAAGGGGGGUUUUAUAGGCUCAGGAUUGUAGCGUUUCCCUCAGUGAACGUGUUAUGCGGAUGAGCCUUCAGAAAGAUACAAUGCUGGUUGAUUUUUCUCCCCUCUGACUGCUGCCUCUUCCCUGAGUCUGAGGCAAAUAAAUCCUUUUUCCUGGACCCUUUUGCUGAUGGGGGAGGGGCUGCUCUGACCCCCCUUGACCUCCUGGGCCUCUUCUGGUCCUUCCAGGGAUCCACACCUUUCAGUUCAUGUACGGCUGUGAGCUGAGGUCAGACGGGCGCAAAGGAGGAGGGCAUUACCAGUUCGGCUACGACGGGAGGGACUUCAUCGCCUUUGACAAGGAGACCCGCACCUGGACGGCAGCUGAUACAGGGGCCCAAGUGACCAAGAGGAAGUGGGAUGCUAACAUGGCCUGGAACCAGGGCCAGAAGCACUACCUGGAGGAGAUUUGCAUUGAGUGGCUGCAGAGAUACCUGGAGUACGGGAAGGAGACUCUGCUGAGGACAGGUAAGAGGGGGGGCAGUGGGGAGGGGAGGGGGGCUCAGUGGGGCAGUUUCCCUUCAAGCUCCCCUCCCCCCCUUUACAGUCUUCCUUUCUGGACCAAACAGCAAACACUUUUCUUGGUGGUGGUGGCAGAAAUAAGUUUGGGCCUCUGGGAGGAGAAAAGGGGUCACUUCAGAGUAUGAUGGGGGGGGGGAGAUGCUUAUAAACAGCCCCCCAUGCCUAGACUAAGGGAUGGCAAAAGACAAAUCGGGGAGGGGACACAAAGAAACAGCAGGGAAGGGGCCAGGAAAGCAAAAUGCGUUUUAAAUUUAGUAAAAAAAGAAAAUUGAAAUGGACAGAUUUGAGGCGGGAUACAGAAAAACCUUUUGCCUUUACACUUGGGAUGGGGAAAGUGGGGCAGAUUGAUGCAGAAAAAUUCAAUCUCAUAUUUUAUGUGCCAAAAGGAUUCAAAUAAUUUUAAAAAUUGCUUUAUGCAUGGCAUAAAUUAAUUAUAAUUAAUAUUAUAAUAGCAAUCAAAAGAACCACUAAAGUUAGAAGAUAAUGAGAAUAUAAUGACUUGAGUAAAAAAUGGGUUUUGUAUCAUUCUGCCCCAACUACGGGGCACUUUGAUAUAGUGCAUGGGGCACUUUGAUGCAAAGCGUAAAUUGUAUGAGAAUGGCAAUUAUUUACAAAAAAUUAAUUAAAAAAACAAUUUUAUUGUGAGAGAUCAUAAUCAGCCCUUUAAAAAGUAUAAGAUCUUACAUUAGGUAGUCAAAAAAUAGUAAUUUAAACAAAAUGCUUAUAAUUUAAACAAAAUGCUUAUUGCCCAUUAUAUCCACUGAAGUUAAAAGAAAAGUGUAGAGAUGAUGUUGGAGAUGUGUCCUUUGAGAAAUUUGGUUUGGCAAAACAACAUCCUUGAAAUCAACGCUUGCCUUAUCUUCUACAUUGGGGAAGACAAAUAUAUAAGAUCCUGGAUAUUUCCUCAGAUAUGACACUUGAUAAUAGGUCAUAUUAUAUUUAGAAAUGACUUUGGCCACAUAGUCAACAACAGUUUUUUUCUUUUCAAAUUUCAUAGGUAGGAAAUUAGUUUAGAGAUUUCAUGCAAACUUGUAUAUUGGAGCACUAUUGUACACUGAGCGGGCACUUUUAGAGUGUAUCAAAGUGCCCCAGUGGACAUUUUCAAAAAACUAACAAUUUCUAAUAAAACCACUGAACCUUUUUAAAAAUCACGUGUAAUCCUGAUUACUGAUUAUUUACCUUAGUUAUUUUUAAAUCUUAACUAAAUGAUGAAAAACAGCAUUGGAACACUUUAACAUUUCACGUAAUUUUUUAGUUGGCCCCGCUAAAAAGUAUUUAAAAAUUAAUUAAUUAACCUUUUUUUAAAUAGAAAAUGUGGCCCCCUCACUAAGUCUGUAGGUUAGCCACUCGUGGCCUAGAAGCAGAAAACCUGCACAUAGUGAGAGAGUAUGGAAAUUCCCUCUUCUACCUUCUUAUAUUUUUUAUUUGUGAGGAAUUUUACUUUUUUCCAUGGGGAACAUUCAGAAGUGUCCUCUUCCCCAACCCCAUGCCUUGAAAUGGUACAGUCCACUCUUCCGCCUUCAGGAAUCUGGCUCAGGGGCCAAUCAAAUGAUCAAGUAUUUUGACAGGCUUUCUUCCUGUCUCUAUUAGCUUUGCUAAUAUGAACAUUAAUUAAAAAUGAAAUAAUUCUAGCACCCUUCCUUUUUGAGGAAUGACACAUACGUAUUAGCCGUGCUUAGAGAGAUCUGAGCAAAUUCAUCUAUAGGGCCUGGUGAUAAUUCACCCCAAAGACACUGAGCAUAUUUCUUGAGGUUGAGGAUUUCACCUCAAAAGCCACAAUGAAGCGUUUUCAAGGGUGACAACGUGCAAAGGAGGCUGGGAAUCAUCCUCUUUGGGACGGAGGUUCUGCUGAGGUCAGGUGAGGGGGUGGGUGGGGUGGGGCGGUCUUGUUUGGGGUUUCUAUGGGGAAAGGGCUUGACCUUCCUUCCUUCCUGCUCCCCCCAGCAGAGUCACAUCCCCUCCUAGACCGAGUUUCCAGUCCAGGCACUGCAAAGUGGGUGGGAUCCUGGAACAGCCCCUUCAGACAACAGCUACCCAGGGAGCCAGGUUUUGAACAAGGGUUACAUUCUGUGAAUCGUGCCUCAAGCCAAAAUGGUGUAUAGUCAAAACACAUUGGAUUCAAGGGCGAUUGGGUUGCCAAAGUACGCCCACCCCCUUCCCACCAUCUUUUUGUUUUUUAGAAUAUUUUUGGCAAGUGCGUAAAGCUGAAUGUGCACAAGUUAAAUGUGCGUAAGUUGCUGGCUUACUGGGCCUCCUGGUCUGCCCUUUCCACUCCAGGGGAGGCUGCCGUGGAGAAGGGAGAUGGGCCCUUUCCAACCUCAAGGGACCCUUUCAGGGCAGGCGGGAGAACUAGAAAGGAGCUCUGUCUUUCCCAGGGCUGCUGGCUUUGUUCACUAUUGGGCUGAAAAGUCCUGGAGAACAGAGAGCAGUGAGUCCAGCAUUUCUUCCCCCCUCAAGAGAGAAACCAGGAUCAGCCUGAGCUGCCCUCAGUUCAUGACUUGCAACUUGGAAGGAUCUGGAAGAAUCCCGCCAUUGGGGACCUGGUGAAAUUUGCCCCCUCAGCCUAGAGGCGGCUUCCUGGGACUAUCUUGGAACCACAAGUUGUGUUAAAGCUUUUUAAGAUGAUAAAUUAAUUUGUGCCUAGUCCUCCCUCCCAAAGGAGUCUGCUUUGGCAAGCAAAGGAUAAAACAUCUAAAAACUGUUCCACCAUAGACACUGACUGGGGAAGAUGCCAAGGGAGGUUGAGGAAUCCCAUUUAUACUUAGUUCUUUUUAAUUUUUGGAGAUGUGAGAUUCUGACUAGGUUGCUCCUUGGGUCCCUGCUCCUCUGCUCUUAAAAAAUACAGGAUUCCUCCAGGCUCCCGUUGUGGAUGUCUCUCUGUUAACCCCAAUGCGGCCCUUUUUGCAGAGGCUCCGGUGGUGAAGGUGACCAGGAAGGCAGACUAUGACGGCCUGGAGACCCUCGUUUGCCAAGUCCACGGCUUCUACCCCAAGGAGAUUGAGGCCAACUGGGUGAAGGACGGGGAGGUCUGGCAGGAGGGCACCCUCCGAGGAUUGGUCGCCCCCAACUCGGACGGGACCUACUAUCUCUUGCUCAGUGUCCAGAUCGACCCCGAGGAGAGGGAGCGCUUCCGGUGUCGCGUGGAGCAUGACAGCCUGGAGAAGCCUCUGGACGUGGCCUGGGAGAAGGAGCCUGGUGAGAGACAGACAGACAGACAGACAGGAGGGGAAGGGGUGGGCUCUGGGAGGGGGGUUUCCACCCACCUCCUCCCUUCAGCAGCAGCACAGCUCAGAUGGGGAACCCCAGUUGGAUCCUGUCUACGUCUCUGUAGGGAAGCAGCUGGUAGAUUUCGACAGAGUUGCAGCCAUUUCUGGCAAGGGUCUCAUAGGCCUUGAACUCAAAUUGGAUGUCGUAGGUAAAAACUGGCUGUCACCUUUUUGCCUUUAAGCCCAAGCUGUUGUGAUGUCACAGAAUGUUGGCAGAUGUGUUAUUUCUUCAAAAUCAAACGACCUCUUCCACAUGGCUGACUUACUCACACUCCCUGUGACUGAAAAAGGGGCAGUGAACUUAAAAGAGGGAGCCCGGGACUGACUGUCCUUCACAGUGAAAAAGAUUCUCACUUGCUCCUCCUCACAUUCGCACUAGAAAAACUGAUACUCCUCUCCACUCAGCCCAAACACCUCUGGGAAGAGCAAGCAGGAAUUUUAAUAACAACGCUCAUCUCUCAUACUCAGCCAGGGAAGCUGCGCUUGCAGGAACCAAAGCGGAAUGUCUAAGAGCAAGACUCCCUUUUCCCCAGCAGGAGCACAUGAACGCACAUCCCCACCCACACCCCAGACUCUCCUUCUCACAGGCAGGCAAGCGGGGAUUAUGGAAGUGGCCCCUGAGCCAAAGACUCACACAGGCAGGGGAGAGGGGACCAGGGCUCACUCACUAGCGCUACGGACUUCAGAGAUUCCACCCAAACAAAAAAACCUGGGCAUUUUGCCUCAUUUUAAGAAUCUGUCUGGACAGACAUUUUAAGUCUGAAAAAGAGGGCGUGCCCAGGAAAAACCGGACGUAUGGCAACCCUACACAAGAUGCUUCUUCCUAAGGGUUUGUGCCUUCCCUGAAGGCCUGUAAUGCUGAGCUCUGGGGGGUCUCAGGGGGGAGGGAAUCCCUUCCUCUCAGGGUCAGGACAGAGAAGGCUGAAGCACAUGAGUAGGUGGAGAUCUGCUUUUAAGUCUUGAGUCUGUGGUGAAACAGGUGUGCCUGUCAACUGUCUUCCUUAAAUGAAUUGAUUAUUUUGAAGACCUCUAAUGCUGGAUUCUGGUGGAAAAAAAUCUCCUUUGUAUCAGGGCCACUACAGAGAGGACCUUGGCCUGUCAGGAGAGAGAGAGAGAGAAAGAGGGCCUGCUUUGCACACGUAAAAUCCUCCCGGGCUCAUAGCUCAGCACCUCCACUCUAGUCUCCUGCUUGAGGCCUUGGGGAGCUGCUGCCGCCAGUCUGAAUAAAAAUGUCUCUUGUCCCCUUUUAGUCAACCUGGGGCUCAUUGUGGGAGCCAUUUUGGGUGUCAUGGCGGCCAUCCUGCUGGUCUCUGGGAUCAUCUUCACCAUCAAGAAGCUCAGUAAGUAAACAGUGGAUGCGUUUGCUGCCUCUCCUGUGUCCUUCUGUCUCGGCCUCCGACUGGGAAUGUGCUGGUGGAUCUUCCUGGCAAUUGUCACUGGCAUCCCUACAGAGACCCCUCCCCAUAAAACACCCUUUGAACAUGAACCAAAAGUCCUGUUGGUCAUUGCUUUGCGCUCACUCUGUGCUCAGGAAGUUCACUUCCCACCUGAAGUUUUAAUCCAUCCUAAGCCUUCAGUCCUGUGCACACUUAGCAGGGAGCCUUCCUUACACAUCUUUAGGCCCCAGGCAAAAACGUUUCUCUCAAACCAGGCCUUGAGCUUUUUAAAUGUGAGUUACUGGUUUGUUUUUGUUUUAUUAUGUAUUCUGUGCUCUCAUUUUGUAUUUUUAUUUGGAGAAUCACCAAAAUAAUCCGAAUAUGAAUGAGUUAAGGGACUGGAUAAUGUUUCCUUCCAACCUCUUGGAAUUUGUCCACUGCCUGGUUUCCCAGUGUUGAUCUUCUGAUUUAAUUUCCUCAAUUUUUUCUACUUCUUUGUAACAUGAGUUCCUUGAAAAGCUCACCUUCUGGGCUCACUUUCCUUGGAGGUGUUUGGAAGAGACAAGAGAAGCAUCUGCUGGGAAGGUUUCAGCAUUGGAGAGCCAAAUGGUUGAAAUGGGAUUGUGUGGCCUCUGGAGGUCCCUUCCAGCUCUGACCUUCUGCUUUUGUCUUCACAGGGAAACCAGCCUACAAAGCAGCCUCAAGUGAGUGACUCCUCCCUUCUCUCUGUCUGACAUAUUUUCCCCCAAUAUGGAUCAGGAACAGGUUACAAACAGACUAAACUAAACCUGGUGGUGGCCUGGUCCUGAAGCCCAAGACCCUGAUGGAAAGCUUCAGCCUGUCUGCUCAGCCAGUCUGUGGACAGCAAGGGGUCCCUUGAGUCCCCUUGCCUCUGGGCUGCCUGUCCCUGAACAUCCCCAGAUUGAGACUGAUUUGGGAUGGGGGUUGGAAGGAGGGAGGAGAAGGGCGGGGGGGGGAUCUCCCUCCCCGGGAUCCUGACUCCUAUGUUUCCUUCCUUUUGCAGCAAGCGACCAGGGGUCUGACAGCUCUGCCAGGGGUAAGUGGGGGUGCAGGUGGGGGCAAAGUGGGGCUCUUGCAUGAGACUCCGUGGGGAACAUCCCCAAAUGGGGAAAAGCUUCUGCUUUCCUGUUACCCACCUUGGGAGUCACAUUUUGGGUUCUGAAUGAGAGUCACAUUAUGGGUGCUGGAAGGGAUUUCUCCUUCCAACAGGACUGCUGUGUGUCCUUCUGGUAUUCCCCCAAAGUGUGCACCUUGGCUCACUUGCUCGAGCUGCCCUCUGCAGACAUUUGCUCUGCAGGCCCAUUUUGGUGCUGCUCCUAACAGAUCUUAGGUCUGAUUGAGGCUGGUCUGGACGGCCUUUGGGGUCCCACUAGCUCUGCAAUGCUGAUGUCCCCACACCAUGAUGUUGGCUUAAUUUUGAAACACUCCUUUUCUUUUUUCCCUUCAGCUGGUGUGUGA